ACCCCUCUCGCUUUGAAGAUUAAAGGGUUGACCACGUCUGAAGGACACUAACAACAGGAUUAGGUAUUGUGCAGUGUAACCUACUUCACAUCACUCCUGCAUCUUGUCCUCUGAAAAUUUGCGCAAUGACCUUUGGUGCACUUGGAAUACAGCGGCUGCACCCGUGAGGCGGGCAGGCAAUAAGGCUUGACAGAAGAUGCGACGGGGGUGGUGGCUUGUCAGAUGGCUGGGGACAGGAAUGGCAAUCCUCUCUUUGCUAACCCACAGCUGGGGCCAGGACACCGAAGACUGGCAGUAUGAGGAGUGUAAGCUGUCCCGGCCAGGCCCUCCUGCAACCAUAGUCACCGUUGAUGAGGAGAGCCCAAACGGUACAGUUUUGGUGGAAAACAUGCAGAUAAAUGGCCGUGCCCAGGAUCCAGGCAGAACCAUCUCACUGACAUUGCUGGAGAACUUUGACCACUGGGUGAUACUGGAACCAGCACGGCAGAGACUCUACCUCAACAGCACUGGGCGCAUUCUGGACAGAGAUCCCCCCAACUACAUCAGCACCAUUGUGGUUCAGGUGCAGUGCACAAAUGAGCUAGUUGGUACUGUCAUUUUGCACGAGGUACGGAUUGUCGUGAGGGACAGGAAUGACAACGCCCCUCGUUUUCAGCACCCACGCUACUAUGUUGCAGUAAACGAGCUCACGCCACCUGGAACAACAAUUUUCACUGGCUUCUCAGGAAAUAAUGGUGCUACAGACAUUGAUGAUGGGCCCAAUGGACAUAUAGAAUACAGCAUCAUUUACAACCGCAAUGACCCGAGUUCUAACAAUACAGUAGCAGUUGGAAACAGCCUUUCAGGAAGCAUUGUUUUGGCAGAGAGGCUAAACUACGAGGACAGAACGCGGUACCUGGUUUUGGUCCAAGCCAAUGACCGCGCUCCAUUUCCCCCUAACCGACUAACAGCUACCGCAACUUUGACUGUGGAUGUUGAGGAUGGAGACGACCUGGGUCCCAUGUUCCUGCCUUGUGUUUUAGUGAACAACACUCGUGACUGCAACCCCCUCACCUACCGUGCUGCUAUCCCUGAAUUCACUGAACCGAGCAAACUGAACCCACUGAAUGUCACCCCCCCUAUCCGAGCUGUGGACAUGGACAGAAACAUACAGCCCCCAAGUGCCAGACCUGAAAUUCUCUACUACAUCCUGGUUGGUGAACCAAAUACAUAUUCUGCAUAUUUCUCUUUGAACAAAACCACUGCAGAGCUCCGUGUCCUGCAGCCGAUCAGCCGGGAUGUGCAUCAAGCAUUCACAUUAGUCAUAAAGGCUGAACAGGACAAUGGUCAUCCCCUCCCAGCCUACGCUAAACUCGUGAUCGAAAUCCUGGAUGAGAACAACCAGGCACCGUAUUUCCAGUUCGCUACCUAUCAGGGUUACGUGAGUGAGUCCUCCCCAGUGGGUACGACCAUCUCAGCCAGCGCCAACCUUACUGUCCCCCUGGGAAUCAUCGCUUUGGAUAAUGACAUCGAGGAGACAAAAGACCCCAUUCUGAAGAUUACCUUGAGUGACUACACAAUGAUCUUCAGCCUGACCCCAACUGGGAUAAUCCGCUACCUGAGGCUCCUCAAUCCUGUGGACCGGGAAAAGCAGAUGUCCUAUACUUUCACGAUGGUGGCAUCAGAUGGCGUCCAGCAGAGCAGGCCAGUAACUGUCAACAUCCUGGUCAUUGAUGCCAAUGACAAUACCCCCACGUUUGAAAAGGUCUCCUACAGCGUUGAAGUCUUCACGGACAUGCAGCCGGGGGAGACGGUGCUACAGUUGACAGCAUCAGAUGCAGAUGAGGGACUGAAUGGUUUGGUGACUUAUGAGAUACUGGCUGGCGCCCAAGGACAUUUCAUCAUUAGUAAUCGCACUGGACGCAUCACUGUGGCACCUGGUGUCACUUUAACUGUCGGGCGAUCUUACGCGCUCACUGUCAGGGCCUCUGACAAUGCACCAGAGACCCAGAGAAGGAGCUCCAUCACAACAGUCUACAUUGAGGUUUUGCCACCCAACAAUCAGAGCCCCCCACGCUUCCCUCUUCUGACAUACAGCCUAGAAGUCAGCGAAGCUAUGAGGAUAGGAGCUAUUCUCCUCAAUCUGCAGGCCACAGACAGAGAGAAUGAUCCGAUCAGAUAUCACAUUGUGAGUGGAGAUUCCCAGAAGGUCUUUAACCUCUCUGAAACGAUUGGCCUUCUACUUCUGGGCAAGCCUCUGGACAGAGAGACCACUGACCAGUACCGUCUGAUUGUCACAGCCUCAGAUGGCAACCCUGGAGGGACGUCCACGGCUACUGUGAACGUAGUUGUUACUGAUGUCAAUGAUAAUGACCCUACCUUUAACCUCACCAUACCUUCUAAUUUUUCUGUGCGAGAAGAAGAGGCCAACUUGUUCAUAGGACAAGUCAAGGCCACAGAUCCAGAUGCAGGAGCUAAUGGCCAGGUGCACUACCGGAUUGUGAAUCAUCCCGACUUGUUUACAAUAAGUGCUAAUGGAAGCAUCUACACAAGAGUGCCACUUGAUCGGGAGUUAAGAAGUCAGUAUGAUUUGGUGGUUGAAGCCUCAGAUGGUGCAGUAGAUCCACGACGUACCUCUUUCACCGUCUCAGUCCAGGUCACAGAUAUUGAUGACAACAGUCCGGUGUUCUCCCAGAAAACUUAUGUGGUGAAUGUGCCUGAGAACAGCCCUGUGGGAACUGUGGUCCUCCAGCUAAGUGCGGUAGACUUAGAUCUCUUCUCCAAUGUCACUUAUCGGAUCACGACUGAAUCGGCCAGGCAGCUGUUUUCCCUGAACCCUGUAACGGGGGUGUUAGUUGUACUGCAGCCCCUGGACUUUGAGGACCUGGCUGCUAUGAGCAUGGGGGCCUCUUAUACAUUCCAGGUGGAAGCUGUCGACCAAAGAGGGGUCAUGCCUCCUGGGCAAGCAACCGUCACAGUCCGCAUCACGGACAUGAAUGACUUCUCCCCCAUCUUUAGCCAAGACCUAUAUAAAGGCAUGGUGGCACCCAAUGCGGAGAAAGGAACAGUCAUCACCACAGUUUUUGCUGAAGACCAAGACCCACCAGGUACUCCAGCCAGUUUUGUUCGAUAUAGAGUGGACCUGAACAGAUCACCGUACAGUGGGAGCAUUUUUGAUGUAGAAGAGGAAAGUGGGAGAGUUAUCACUAAGGUCAACCUCAAUGAAGAGCCCAGUGUCACCUUUAAGCUGUUUGUGAUAGCCUAUGACAAUGGGGAGCCAGUGAAGUCUAAUAGUACUUUGGUGGAGAUUACUGUCCUUCAGCCUUCUCGCAUCCCAAUCUUCACCCAGGAGGAGUAUGGGUUCCCUCCAGUUAGUGAGCUGGCUCCUGUUGGCACUUCAGUGGGGAUUAUUCUAGCUGCUGCUAUCAAUCAAACGAUCUUCUACUCCAUUGUUGCGGGAAAUGAACUAGGUCAUUUUCAGGUAAACAACAGGACAGGCGUCAUCUCCACGGCAAAACUACUGGAUUAUGAAAAUGUGACCAGCUAUGUCCUCAGGGUCCAGGCCGACUCCAUGGUGGUUGUCAUGGCCAACCUGCGUGUCCCUUCUAAAACUAACACAGCCAAGGUGUUCAUUGAGGUUCAAGAUGAGAACGACCACCCUCCCGUUUUCUCCAGGAAGCUCUACAUAGGCGGCGUGACAGAAGACACUAAGAUUUUCAGCUCAGUGCUCAAGAUAGUGGCCACUGAUAAGGACACCAGGAAUUACAGUGCUAUGGCAUACCGCCUGAUUAUCCCACCGACACCAGAGGGCCAGGACAGCUUUGUCAUUGAGACCUACACGGGUAUUGUCAAGUCAGCCAUCAUGUUUCGGAACAUGCGCAGAUCCUACUUCAAGUUUGAAGUUAUUGCUACUGAUGACUAUGGAAAAGGUCUUAGCAGCAGCGCUGACGUGGUGGUUUCUGUGGUCAACGCAUUGGACAUGCAGGUUGUCGUGCCCACUGUCCCACCCACUUUAGUGGAGGAGAAGAAGGAAGAGCUCAUUAGUAUUCUGGAGCGCCAUGUCCAGGACCAGAUUCCAGGUGCCAAGGUGAUUGUAGAGUCCAUUGGUCCACGUCGUCACGGUGAUGGCUUUGAGCUAGAAGACUACUCUAUGUCAGACCUGAUGGUAUAUGCCAUUGACCCGCUCACAAACAGGGCCAUUUCACGUCAGGAGCUCUUCAAAUUUCUUGAUGGGAAUGUGCUGGAAAUAAAUAAGGAGUUUCAGCCACACCUGGGUGAAGGUGGCCGCAUUCAUGAGAUUCGCUCCCCAGAUGUUGUGGCCAGCGUGAAGAAGGCUGCCCAGGCUGUCGGCUACACAGAGGGUGCUCUCCUGGCCCUGGCAAUCAUCAUUAUCCUUUGCUGCAUCCCUGCCAUCCUCAUCGUCAUGGUCACCUACAAACAGUUCAAAGAGCGACAAGCAGAGUGUGCCAAAACUGCCAGGAUUCAGAUGGCUUUACCACCGGGAGGGAAAGCAGCUCCAGCAGCUGCUCCCACUGCUAACCUCUAUGAAGAGUUGGGCGACAGCAGCAUGAGGCGAGGGUACGGCCGACAGCAACAGCAACUGCUGAGGCCAUCUCUUCUGAGACCUGAGGAACUAUCCAUGGAGUCUGGUAUCGACCCAGGCCAGGACUACUACACACAGGACUACUAUAAUUAUGACCAAGGGUACGACUUUCCUCAGUAUGGCAGUCGGCGGAGGCUGAUAUCUCCUAUGUAUGAUGAAUAUGGAGAGGUUAUUGUGGAGGAUGAUGGGUAUUACUACAGUCCACAUGGCCCUGAGGGCCGGGGCAGAGGCAGGGGCCGUGGUGGGAUGCGAGGUAAAGGUCCACAGAAGAGAGUUGCAUUUAGGGAUUUGUCACCAGAGGAUGAAAUUGAACAAGCUGAGCCAGCAGAGGAGGGGGAGCCUUCUAAGGCUGCCAAGAAACUGAAGUCUGUCAUGAAACUCAGCAAACUUCUGGCAGCCAGCAAGGGAGGAGAACAGCCAUCUGAUGCAGGUCCUUCUGGCACAUCACCAUGGAAGAAAGCCAAGAUGUUCAAGAUGUUUGGCACCGGGAAGACGGACAAGGAUUAUGCCAAACUGAUGUCUGCUCGCCGUAUUGACAGCCAGGAGAGUCUAGCUGAUGGACCAGCACUGGCGGGGCCAAUAGACAGCAAGUCUGAUGCCCGCAGCAGGCUUGGAAAAGUUUUGAGGAAAAUCAACUUAGGCACCAAGUUGCAGGUCCGGAGGAAGUCACAGAGUAGUGUGAGUCGUGGCUCGGCCACUGGCAGCGAAGUAGAUGAGGAGGCCUCACAAGCAGCCAGUGAGGAUGAUAGGUCUAAGGUGUCCAUUAGUGUGACAGAAAGUGAGCCAGAAGCAGGCGCUAGUGGAAGCAGUAAAGAGAAGGGCUCUGAUGAUGAAACCUCAGAGAAAAGCAGUGUUGACAGAGAUUAUCUCAAAGUAGAUUUGGACCGGGAUGAUGCCAAUGAAAGCACCGUGGACUCGGAGGAAGAGCCUGAUGAAGAGCCAGAAGAUUCUGAUGAGGAAAGCAAGUCUAAGUCUGAAGGAGAAGAGACAGAGAAGGAAUCUGUCAGUGAGAAAGAAUCAGAGUCAGAGAAGGAGUCAGAAUCAGAGAAGACAUCAGCUACAGAACAAGAGUCAGAUACAGAAAAAGAGUCUGAGUCUGAGGCAGAGUCCAAAUCUGAGGAAGAAACAGAAUCACGAACAGGCACAGCAACAGAGGAGGGAUCAAGCACAGAAAAGGAUUCAGAAACAGAGAAAGACUCUGAAGAUGAGUCUGAGAAAGCUUCAGGCAGCACUAGAGAAAGCGGGUCUUCUGUCCGCUCUUCCAUCAGAUCCUCUGCCACUGAAGCCAGCAAGGAGAGUAGUGCUUCUAGAGAGAGUGUCAGUGGGAGUGGGAGUGCCAGUGUCAGUGGUAGCAGACAAAGUGAAAGUGCAAGUGAGAGUGGAACUGGUAGUGGUAGUAGUGCUGCAUCUUUAUCUGGCACUAGUGUUAGGUCAUCACAGAGAACCAGAUCAUCAGUAGCAACCUCAGAAAAGUCCAGUGAAAAGCUAAGUGAAGCCGAGUCAGGGACAGGGACAGCCAGCGAGACAGAGGCAGAGUCAGGUUCAGGAAGUGAAGGCUCUUUAUCUCGGUCCAGCCAGAGAAAAAUGUCUGAUUCAGACCUGAGUUCCUUGGGCAGUGUGAGGUCAACUGGUUCCAGGUCAACUAGCAGCAGCCGAAGUUCUCAAAAGUCUCUCCUGAGCCGAGGAUCUGAGGACACAAUCACAGAGGAGAGUGAAGAGGAAGAAUCUGAGACUGCUGAUGAGAGCAAAGAGUCUACUAGCGAGCUCAGUGAUGACGCAUCUUCUAGGAGGUCCAGUGUGGCAUCUGGAGACCCUGGACCCUCUGCCCCUUACGCUGGUCCUGAGAUCAGAAGUAUCAGUGACAUCUCUGAACAGACAUAUGGAGGACUAUCACCUAUCACUGAGGUGGAUGAGGAUGCCAUCUCCUCUGACAGAUCUUCAGUCAGGGACUCUGCAUCAGGGGCCCGCAGUGCAUCAAAGAGCUCAGAAGAAACAUCAGAUGCUGAUUCAGGUUCUGAGGGAAAGUCAACUGCAUUCUAG